CAUCGGUUCGGACUGGGACAAGCACUGAGCAGAGAGGAAGUUCCACACGCGCAAGCUGCUGUGCGAUUAUUGUUGACAUUUUGCCAUACAGAAUUGCCAUAAUACGUAGCUACGUUUUUGGACCAUGCGCUCAAAGAACAAAACACUGGAAUGUCUGUGCUAUUAGUAGGCUUUUUAAUUAACCAAGGAUCAAAUCCGCCAGUUGCACCGGUGCUCCGUCACUCGGUAUGAAAGAUGCUGCUCUCCCUGGGAAUGCUGAUGCUGUCUGCCACCCAGAUAUACACCAUCUUCACCGUGCAGCUCUUUGCAUUCCUCAACUUGCUGCCUGUGGAGGCUGACAUCUCUGCGUACUCAUUUGACAACAAAACAGAGACCUUUGAUGACCUGCCAGCAAGGUUUGGAUACAGGCUACCCAGCGAGGGACUGAAGGGCUUCCUGAUCGGUGCCAGGCCGGAGAACGCCUGUGAGCCCAUCGACCCACCGCCCCUCCGGGACAACGUGACGAGCACCUUCAUCGUGCUCAUAAAGCGCUUCGACUGCAACUUUGACAUCAAGGUUCUGAAUGCCCAGAAGGCUGGCUACAAGGCUGCGAUUGUUCACAAUGUGGACUCUGAUGACUUAAUCAGCAUGGGAUCCAAUGACUUGGAUGUUUUGAAGCAGAUAGACAUUCCAUCUGUGUUUGUGGGUGAAGAUACGGCCAAUUCCCUCAAGGAAGACUACACAUAUGACAAAGGUGGUCAUGUGAUGCUGAUGCCAGACUUCAGCCUGCCUCUAGAAUACUAUCUGAUCCCGUUUCUCAUCAUUGUAGGAAUCUGUCUUAUUCUCAUCGUUGUUUUUAUGAUCACCAAGUGUGUACAGGACAGACACAGGGCCAGAAGGAGUCGGCUACGCAAAGACCAGCUGAAGAAGCUCCCCAUCCAUAAGUUUAAGAAAGGUGACUCCUACGACGUGUGUGCCAUUUGUCUGGAUGAAUAUGAAGAGGGAGACAAACUGCGGGUCCUGCCCUGUUCUCAUGCGUACCACUGUAAGUGCGUGGACCCGUGGCUGACGAAGACCAAGAAGACGUGCCCGGUUUGCAAGCAAAGGGUGGUGCCCUCUCAGGGUGACUCCGAUACGGACACGGACGACAGUAGCCACGAGGACGAGGAUGACGCGUCCGAGAACACGCCUCUGCUCCGCUCGCUGGCCUCCACCAGCGCCCACUCCUUCGGCACCAUGUCCGGCUCGCUGUCCCACCACGAGCGGGACCCGGAGUCCUCCGACUACGAGGACGAGGACGACAUGGAGACCGACAGCGAGAGCGAGGAGGCUUCCGUGGAGACUGUGGUGGUACAGCUGCAGCAGAGCUGCCCCAGGGAUGGGGACCCCGACGCCUGAGCCUCCGCGAUUGUGGUGAAGCGGGGUUUCCAGGCGACUUCAUUUUGUUUUCCUGUUGCGACGUGUAUCACUGCACUUGUACAUAUCACAACCUGACGCAGCAGAUUCUGUGUAACCAGUAACAGGCAUUCCAGUGUGUUUAAUUGUCUUUGAAGUGCCAAAGACACUGGUUUCAUGUGUACAGUCUGACAGGUGACAAUACAGAUGGACUGUGCCAAGAGGGAUGUACUUAGCCAAGCUGAUCGGGCACGGCACCCCAUGAGUGUACCCUAUUCACUGUGAAGGCGGGAGGGUCAGUGCUGAGAUGAAAAUAUGCUUGUAAUUUGUAAAGGAAUGGAACAUGUAUAUAAGAUGUACAAGUCACAAUAUAUCAGGUCCUCAAAAAGUUAUACUUUGUAGCCAUCUGCAUCUGUACACUGCAUCAAGACAGGUGAAGGUGCACAUGUCCUUGAGGUGGUGUAUUACUGUAUAUAUACUUAAGUCUUAAUCAGAUGCUGUGCGGCUUUUUGCGAACUUUACAAAGUGAUCUUACCUUUAAAUGUGGAGAAAUUAGGGAUAGGUUGUACAGAAAGUUUACGUGAUCUUGUUCAUGUAUGAAAAGAAAAUUGAUUUGACCUCUGGGAAAUAUCAAGCUGAAAUGAAGGAAUUGGCGGUUUUGUUAUUGGUGACUUGGCAGAACGGUGAAUGAGUUGUGUGGCUCAGUAGCUUGAAUUUUGAUUUACCUGUUUGGCACACAUCUUUAAUGCUUAAACUAAAUCACCUUCCUGAGAUUCACAACAAAUGCCUCACCGUGUGUAUUUAGUUUGUGUAUUACAUUUUAAUAAUGUACUUUCAGUGAUUUUUUUUAUUUUAAACAUGACUUGUACUGUUAAUGUUGGUCAGGUCUUGUUACCUUCCUUUGAAGUAAUUUCAUCCAUCUUGUAUUUUUACGCACACCUGUCUACAUUCAAAUUAAAUUUCAUUUUCAAUUCCAUAGACAA